AGCUAUUCUAACAUGCGGUGAGUACAUGGUCAGUGCACUUCCCCGGUACUUCUUCCAGCUCGCAGUGUAACAAACAUCAGUUAGCCAGUAGUUGAUCCAUGGGGAAGGUGGUCCUCGGCGAGGCCACGGCGCGGCAGCUGGCGGCCUUCGUCCUAGGCGCCGCGGCCGCGCUCACCGUCGUCAUGCUUGUCCAGUACCGGGCCCCGGCCACGGGACUCAGCCGCACCAGGACGCCGGGACACUUCUCCGGCGACCAGCACCACCGCCCCAACGGGACGACAGCGCGUGCUCUUGUUCAUCAGGCGCUGCCGGUCGCCGGUGGUCCAGGCCGAGACGAUGAUCAUCACCUUCACCGUCCGGCGAACGCCACGGCAAUCACAAAGCCCAAUUCUACCUCGGCUCUUGCUGCUCCAACUCCAAGUCAUCUUUCCAGCACACAUCGCCGUCGACAAAAGGGACGAAAGGAGGAGCCGGCGGAGUUCCGGGGGCUGGCGGAGGCGGUGGCGCGGGCAGCGACGGACGACCGGACGGUGAUCAUCACGUGCGUGAACCAGGCAUGGGCUGCGCCGGGCUCCCUGCUGGACCUGUUCCUGGAGAGCUUCCGCAUCGGCGACGGCACGGCUCGCCUGCUCCCGCACGUCCUGGUCGUCGCCAUGGACCCCGGCGCCCACGCGCGAUGCCUGGCCGUGCACCAGCAUUGCUACCACUACACCAUCCCGGGCCUCAACAUCGACUUCGCCGCACUAAAGUACUUCCUCUCCAAGGACUACCUGGAGCUGGUGUGGAGCAAGCUGAAGCUGCAGCGCCGCAUCCUGGAGCUCGGCUACGGCUUCCUCUUCACCGACGUCGACAUCGUGUGGCUGCGCGACCCGUUCAAGCACGUGACGGCGUACGCCGACAUGACGGUCUCCAGCGACGUCUACUUCGGCGACCCCGACAACCUGGGCAACUUCCCCAACACGGGGUUCUUCCACGUGAAGCCCAACGCGCGGACCAUCGCCAUGACGAAGCUGUGGCACGGGGCCAGGGGCAAGUACCCCGGCGCCAACGAGCAGCCGGUGUUCAACAUGAUGAAGAAGCAGAUGGUGGCGGAGCUCGGGCUCCGGGUGCAGUACCUCAACCCGGCCUACGUCGGCGGGUUCUGCAGCUACGGGAAGGAUUUGGGGAAGAUCGUCACCAUGCACGCGAAUUGCUGCGUGGGGAUUGGGAACAAGAUUAGGGAUUUGAAGGGCGUGCUGGGUGAUUGGAGGAACUAUACCAGGAUGCCGCCGUGGGAGAGGCACCGGGCCAAGUGGACCGUGCCCGGCGCCUGCAUCCGAGCCGAGAAACAAGCUUGAUCCAUCAAUUAGUCAGACAAUUUCCUGGUCAUAUUUUACUUACAGGGUACUCCCUUUUCAAAUAUAGUACUCCCUCCUUUCUAAUUUACUCUUCGUGGUUUUAGUUCAAAUUUAGUUCAAAUUUGAACUAAAACCAUGACAAGUAAAUCGGAACGGAGGGAGUAGUAGUUUAAUUCACUCCACAUCGGCGUGAGGAGAUAGACGAUCGAGUAUUUGUUAUAUACCUGUAAAAUGAUGUACAGUGAGAGAAUACAUUUUAUAUUUACUUUA